CUCAAAGCUGAAGGCCGAUACGAAGAUUAAGGAAUGGGAAGACUCUAAAAUAAUAGAAUUGGUGCCAGAAUCUGAAAUCGGGGAAGUUUCUCACUACCUACCACACAGAGGAGUUUUUAAGGAACAUUCUACAACUCGUGUCCGGCCAGUAUUCGACGCCUCUUCUCAUGAAAAAGGUUUUCCUUCGCUGAAUGACUGUCUUGAAAAGGGACCUAAUCUUUUAGAAGAAAUACCACCAUUGUUAAUGAGAUUUCGAAUGGACAACAUUGGUGUAGUGUCAGACAUUAAAAAGGCCUUCCUACAAAUUUUUGUUGUUAAAGAAGAUCGAGAUUUCCUUCAUUUCCUCUGGUGGGAAGAUUUUGAGAAGAAAAAAUUUAAGAUUUUUAGACACAAGAGAGUAGUUUUUGGACUCACGUGUAGUCCUUUCCUUUUGUCUGCAGUAAUAAAUGCAAUUCUAGAAGCAAGUCCAUCAGAUAUUAAAGACACUGCUGAUAGUUUGAAAAAGUCUUUUUAUGUUGACAAUUGCAUAACUUCAGUACCUAAUCAACACAAGCUUGAGAAAUUUAGUCAGGAAUCGACCCAAUUGG